AUGUCUUCCGCCUCCUCUUCCAUUAAACCAGAUCCGAAAUUACCAACCCCAAAUAUUCAUAAAUCUUACCGAGAGAAACAAGCCUCACAGUUUCUCGAACCAUGUGAGUUGGCAAGCAAAGCUACCUUCAGGUGUCUCGACCGAAACAACUAUGACAAAAAUAAGUGUAACAGAGAGUAUUUGCAGUAUCGUGAAUGCAAACGAAAGUGGCUUGAAGAACGUAAAGAAUUAAGAAGACAAGGAUUAUUAUGA